AUGUCUAAAUAUGCUUGGUAUACCAGAGUCACAGAUACGCUACAUCGUCUAACGGUGCUGACGCUAGUUGGUGGUACGUUAUACAUGUCCGGUGGCUUAGCUUACACUUUAUACAUGAAUGGUAAGAAGUAUGAACAACAAGUGACCCAGCAAAAGGCACUAGAGGAGGACAACCAGCAGUUACAAAGCCCCACUGCCCCUCCUGUCGAAUAA